ACCCGGAGCGUAUAAAAGGCUGGCAGUUUCAUAAACAUAACAGAAUCCCCCACCUCUCUCUCUGGCCGGAACGGAAGUAAACACGAAAGUGACCGACUACGUAAAACCAUUGAAGAGCAAAACAAUGAGCAUCGAGGUUUUCAACAGGUUUGUGAGGCUUGCGGCCAGAGCGUUCUACGAUGACGUCACGCCGGAAAGUGAUAAUAAGCAGCCCAAGACUGGCCGGAGCGACAAUAAGGGAAUCGCCGUCGUGGUGCUCGACGCGCUAUCGAGGCGACAAUGGGUGAGAGAAGAAGAUCUGGCGAAGGACUUGAAACUGCACCCCAAGCAACUUCGUCGUGUUUUGCAAAUGUUGAUGGAGGAAAAGUUGGUGAUCAGAGAACAUAGGAAAGAGACAGCUAAGGGUGUGAAGAUUUUCAGUGCUGCGGUUGCUGCCACAGCCAAUGGGCAACAACACAGAAAAGAAGGCGAAGAGAAAAUUAAGCUGCAGACUCACUCUUACUGCUGUCUGGACUAUGCUCAGAUAUAUGAUGUAGUAAGGUACAGACUGCACCUUUUGAAGAAAGAACUGAAAGAUGAACUGGAGGGGAAGCACGCAGUGGAGGAAUAUGUAUGCCAUAACUGCAGGAAAAGAUACAACGCAUUGGAUGCACUGCAACUGGUUUCUAUGGAGGAUGAGCACUUCCACUGCGAAAGUUGCAAUGGGAUACUUGUGGCCGAGAGUGACAAGCUAGAUUCUCAAAACACAGCAGGCCGAGACUGCAAAGCAAUGCUUCAAAAUAUGGAGGUACAGCUGAAGCCUUUAAUGGAACAAAUUAAUAGAGUUAAAGAUUUACCUUUUCCUGAAUUUGGAAGUCUCCAAGCUUGGGAAGCCAGAGCAAGUGCUCCACGACUUGCAGAGAAUAGUGAAUCUAGUGCCAUUGAUCCCUCCAUAUCUUCUCAUGGGCUGGGUUAUGGUGGGACGCCCAUGCCUUACGUUGGAGAUACAAAGGUUGAAGUUGUGUUUUCUAAGAAUGUGGACAAGGGUAAGGAUAUAAAAUCUCAAGCUGAUAAUACAGACCUAAAAGUUGUACCACCUUGGAUGAUCAAGCAAGAGAUGACUCUUACAAGGGAACAGUGUGGAGAGGUCAGGCAAAUGGAAUCCUCACAAAUGCACGUCUCUAGUCAUCAGGUUCGUUGUGUUGGCAUGAAGUCAGAACGGGAUGAGGAUGAAGGAGAUGAUAAUGUUGACUGGGAAUAAGUGGCAUCAGUGCAGGUAAUGCAAAUGAAAAUUACAAGGUCAAUGACUUGAAUGGCGAAGCAGAUGCUACCGCAGAGGAUAAGGGAUGAUCUAGACUGAAAGGAAGGUUGAAGAGCAAAGCUUUUUUGUCCUCUGAUGUUUCUAAACUUCGCAUUUAUGGUCGAUGAUGACGUUGAUAUGUAGAAAGUUUAGCAAGUUAUAAUGUGAGGGCUGAAGGCUUUGUGAAUGAUAUACAUGGAAAUGGUAAAAAAAUCUAAUUUUAUUUUUUAGGAUCAUUUUCGCUACA